AUGGUGUCUUCUGUGGGCAACGUGGCCGACAGCACAGAACCAACGAAACGUAUGCUUUCCUUCCAAGGGUUAGCUGAGUUGGUACAUCGAGAGUAUCAGGCAGGAGAUUUUGAGGCAGCUGAGAGACACUGCAUGCAGCUGUGGAGACAAGAGCCAGACAAUACUGGAGUACUUUUAUUACUUUCAUCUCUACACUUCCAGUGUCGAAGGCUGGACAGAUCUGCCCACUUUAGUACUCUGGCAAUUAAACAGAACGCUCUUCUGGCAGAAGCCUAUUCGAAUUUGGGGAAUGUGUACAAGGAAAGAGGGCAGUUGCAGGAAGCAAUUGAGCAUUACCGGCAUGCAUUGCAUCUCAAACCAGAUUUCAUCGAUGGUUAUAUUAACCUGGCAGCCGCUUUGGUAGCAGCAGGCGACAUGGAAGGGGCAGUACAAGCUUACGUCUCUGCUCUUCAGUGCAAUCCUGAUUUGUACUGUGUUCGCAGUGACCUGGGGAACCUGCUCAAAGCCCUGGGUCGCUUGGAAGGAGCCAAGGCAUGUUAUUUGAAAGCAAUGGAGACGCAACCGAACUUUGCAGUAGCUUGGAGUAAUCUUGGCUGUGUUUUCAAUGCACAAGGGGAGAUUUGGCUUGCAAUUCAUCACUUUGAAAAGGCUGUCACGCUUGACCCCAAUUUUCUGGAUGCUUAUAUCAAUUUAGGAAAUGUCUUGAAAGAGGCACGGAUUUUUGACAGAGCUGUGGCAGCUUACCUUUGUGCCCUAAGCUUGAGCCCAAAUCAUGCAGUGGUACAUGCCAACCUGGCUUGUGUAUACUAUGAGCAAGGCCUGAUAGAUCUGGCAAUAGACACCUACAGGCGAGCUAUUGAAUUGCAACCACAUUUCCCUGAUGCUUACUGCUACCUAGCCAAGGCUCUGGAAGAGAAGGGCAGUGUUGCCGAAGCAGAAGAGUGUUAUAAUACAGCUCUGCGGCUGUGUCCCACCCAUGCAGACUCUCUGAAUGACCUAGCCAAUAUCAAAGGAGACCAGGGAAACUUUGAAGAGGCAGUUCGCUUGUAUUGUAAAGCAUUAGAAGUCUUCCCAGAGUUUGCUGUUGCCCAUUCAAAUUUAGCAAGUGUAUUGCAGCAGCAGGGAAAACUGCAGGAAGCUCUGAUGCAUUAUAAGGAGGCUGUUCGAAUCAGUCCUACCUUUGCUGAUGCCUACUGUAACAUGGGAGACAUUCUAAAGGAGAUGCAGGAUGUUCAGGGAGGCUUGCAGUGUUAUACUCGUGCCAUUCAGAUUAACCCUGCACUUGCGGAUGCCCACAGCAAUCUGGCUUCCAUUCACAAGUAUUCAGGGAAUAUUCCAGAAGCAAUUGCUUCUUAUCGCACUGCUCUGAAGCUUGAACCUGAUUUUCCUGACGCUUAUUGUGAUUUGGCUCAUUGCCUGCAGAUUGUCUGUGAUUGGACAGACUAUGAUGAGCGAAUGAAGAAGUUGGUCAGCAUUGUGGCUGACCAGCUGGAGAGGAAUCGGUUGCCUUCUGUGCAGCCUCAUCAUAGUAUGCUCUAUCCUCUUUCUCAUGGCUUCAGGAAGGCUAUUGCUGAGAGCCAUGGGAACCUCUGCUUGGAUGAGAUCGGUGUCCUUCAUAAACCACCGUACGAACAUCCAAAAGACUUGAAGCUCAGUGAUGGUCGACUGCGUGUAGGAUACGUGAGUUCUGACUUUGGGAAUCAUCCUACUUCUCAUCUUAUGCAGUCUAUUCCAGGCAUGCACAAUCCUGAUAAAUUUGAGGUAUUCUGUUAUGCCCUGAGCCCAGAUGAUGGCACAAACUUCCGAGCGAAGGUGAUGGCAGAAGCCCAUCAUUUCAUUGAUCUUUCUCAGAUUCCAUGCAAUGGGAAAGCAGCUGAUCGCAUCCAUCAAGAUGGUAUACACAUCCUUGUAAAUAUGAAUGGUUAUACCAGGGGUGCUCGAAAUGAACUCUUUGCUCUCAGGCCAGCUCCUAUUCAGGCAAUGUGGCUGGGCUACCCUGGGACCAGUGGCGUGCUUUUCAUGGAUUAUAUCAUCACUGAUCAGGAAACUUCACCUGCUGAAGUUGCUGAGCAGUAUUCUGAGAAACUGGCUUAUAUGCCCCAUACUUUCUUUAUUGGCGAUCAUGCUAAUAUGUUCCCUCACCUGAAGAAGAAGGCAGUCAUCGAUUUUCAGUCCAAAGGGCACAUUUAUGACAAUCGGAUUGUGCUGAAUGGCAUCGACCUCAAAGCAUUUCUUGAUAGUCUCCCAGAUGUGCAGAUUGUCAAGAUGAAAUGUCCUGAUGGAGGAGACAACGCAGACAGCAGUAAUACGGCUCUUAAUAUGCCUGUCAUUCCUAUGAAUACUAUUGCAGAGGCAGUUAUUGAAAUGAUUAACAGAGGACAAAUUCAGAUAACAAUUAAUGGAUUCAGUCUUAGCAAUGGACUGGCAACUACCCAGAUCAACAUUAAGGCUGCCACUGGAGAGGAGGUUCCCCGUACCAUUAUUGUAACCACACGUUCUCAGUACGGGUUACCGGAAGAUGCCAUUGUGUACUGUAACUUCAAUCAGUUAUAUAAAAUUGACCCAUCUACUUUGCAGAUGUGGGCAAAUAUUCUGAAGCGUGUUCCCAAUAGUGUACUGUGGCUGUUGCGUUUUCCAGCAGUAGGAGAACCUAAUAUUCAACAGUAUGCACAAAAUAUGGGCCUUCCCCAGAACCGUAUCAUUUUUUCACCUGUUGCUCCUAAAGAGGAACAUGUUCGGAGAGGCCAGCUGGCUGAUGUCUGCUUGGACACGCCACUCUGUAAUGGACACACCACAGGGAUGGAUAUCCUUUGGUCAGGGACACCCGUGGUGACUAUGCCAGGAGAGACUCUUGCUUCCCGAGUUGCAGCUUCCCAGCUCACUUGUUUAGGCUGUCUUGAGCUUAUUGCUCAAAAUAGACAAGAAUAUGAAGACAUAGCUGUGAAAGUGGGAACUGAUCUAGAAUACCUGAAGAAAAUUCGUGGCAAAGUCUGGAAGCAGAGAACAUCUAGCCCUCUGUUCAACACCAAACAAUACACGAUGGACCUAGAGAGGCUCUAUCUACAGAUGUGGGUGCAUUACGCAGCUGGCAACAAACCUGAUCACAUGAUUAAGCCUGUUGAAGUCACUGAGUCGGCCUAAAUAAUGACUGUGUGCACAGGAGAAUUACCCUGUACCUGAGCCUCAACCUUCUGGGGGAAAGGGAACUACUUUUUCCUUAUCUGUACAAUACCAUGCUGCAGAUGGGUGACAGACAAUGAUAAGAAAUAGCACAGCCAGACUUGCUUCCUACAUGAUCAUGAUCAUGAUAGGGAGAGACACAAGAGAUGGGAAACUGCUGUUCCACAAGGAGUCUCCAUAGAAUUUUGCAGCAGCCAGGUGUCUGGAAGGUCUGGAAGUGAGUCCUGUUCUUCCUUUUUCUUUCAGCAGAAAUGAAAUCCCAGGCAACAGCCUGUUCCUCAUGUACCUUUGGUUUUUACGGACGGUUCUUCUUCAGGAGUGGCUACUGUAAUCAUUGACCACAGAACAGACCUCGUUAAAGAAACUUCCUUGACUUCAGCUCAACGUGUUGAACUCUUAUUCGUUCCCAUGAUGGUCCUGUUGCAGGUCUGUAUAUCCGUGCUCAUUCUAACUUGCCUGGUCCAUUGACUAAACUUAAUGCGACUGCAGAUGUUUUAACUCGAUCUAAACGUGAUCUUUAUCCUGUACAUUUUCCUCCCAAGAAUAGAGUUGAAGUUACUCCUCCUCCUCAAUCUCUUUUCCCUAAAGCAGGACAGGUCCCAAUUUACCGUACUCCUCCUUUCCGUUCGUCAUGCUGUCAAGAAUGGCUAAUGUACUGCAUUCAUUAUCUUCAUACUCUUGAUACUCAUGGUCCAUGUCCUGGACACCCUCAUAUUAUGGUAAGUUAUGAUCAAACUGCUUCACAAGCAGCACAGCCGUUGCACGCUUUACACCGUCAGUCGGCGGCUACAUUACACACACAAUUUUCCCUUACUGGUGAAGCCGCCCCACAAAUUGUUAAGCAGUGCCCACAAUGCUUACCUCACCUUCCUGUUCCACAUUAUGUUGUUAAUCCUCGUGGAUUAUUACCUAGACAUGUAUGGCAAAUGGAUGUUACUCGUAUCCCGUCUUUUGGGAAAUUACAGUUUGUUCAUGUCACUAUCGAUACUUAUUCUGGUUUCCUCUGUGCUACAGCACAGACCGGAGAAGCUACUAAACAUGUUAUCACUCAUUUAUUACACUGUUUUGCUUUCAUGAACCUUCCCAAAAUUAUUAAAACAGAUAAUGGGCCCGCUGCUUUUGCAACAUUUUGUAAUUCAUUACAAAAUUACCCAUAUUACAGGCAUUCCAUAUAACCCUCAAGGACAACGUAUUAUAGAACGUGCAAAUAGAUCUUUAAAGCUAACUAUUGAAAAAAUAAAAAGGGGGGAAUUGUAUAGAACAACGCCACAUAACCUUAUAAAUCAUGCUCUGUUUAUUUUAAAUGUUCUCACUGUUGACAAAUUUGGCUGCUCUGCAGGGGGAAGGUUGGUGGCUGAGCCAAGAUUGGCCUCUCAAUCUCCGGAGGUCCUCUGGAAAGAUCCGUUAACCAGCACUUGGCGUGGUCCUGAUCCUGUGUUGAUUUGGGGACGUGGUCACGUGUGUAUCUUUCCCAGAUCAGUGCCUGGACCUUGCUGGCUUCCUGAGCGCUUAGUCAAGCAAAUAGAUGGCUCGCCACAGCUCACCUAGUUCAGAAGAUGAAGAAGCUCUGCACCUCUCCGGAAAAUUUGACAGUGUUGAUUCAGAAAAAGAAGAAGAAGAGGAGAGCACUUGCCAGGACGACUCAAAGGAGUGAUGUUCCAACUUGGGGACAAAUUAAACAACUGGUUUCAUGAGCUCAAGAGUCAGUGAAACAACAGAAUAAUCCUGUUACACCUGUAACUUUAUUUUUGGUUAUGUUGGCAACCAUUUCAUGUGUUCCCUCUGUUAAUGCAGCAACUUACUGGGCCUAUGUACCUGAUCCUCCACUAUUACAACCCAUAUCUUGGUCUGAAGCAGAGUUUCCUGUAUUUUACAAUGAUAACUGUUUAUGGGCCUCUUAUUGGGAAUAUAAAAGAAAUCAAUAUGUCUGUAAAUUAUACUAACUGGUUUAGUACCCAUCCUGUCUGUCUUAGCCCAUUGAAUCUGGAAACUGGAUGUGUAAAGGCUAUUAGUUAUGAGCAUACAGAUGUUUAUGAGGGAACGGAUCAAUCAAUUAGUUUGUCAGGCUCUCCAGGCAUCCUUCGUUUUACAGGAACCAACAUUACUCUUACAUGCCCGGCUACCAGCCGACGAGAGGAUCUUAAGGAUACCAUCAUUUGGUAUAAAAUGGGCAAGCUAUUAAUAUUAGAGGUCAAAUCUCAUACGCCUCACCACUUAGGGAUUCCGCUAUUACUAUAGCCAAGGUUACAGGUGAAGAUUCAGGAAAUUAUUUCUGUAUGAAGCGUUUACUUGGAGGACAAGGGAUACUUAUAGCUGGACGUAAGGUUACUAUGCUUAACAGAAAAUCAAAAAAUCAAUUGCCUCGCCUUACGACCGUUAACUUUCCUGGAUCCAAUUUUGAACAUUGCAAUGCAUCUUGGAAUAAUAACCAAAUAUGGUGUACUAUAGAUUAUACCAAGGUGUCAAUUCUUAUCUCUUCUUUUCCCAUCAUAGAUAGGUUUAUCACAUUUCAAAAGAACUGGGAUAUAUGGAAACUAGCUCUAACUUAUUCCAAUACACCUGUUAUAACUUGUGUUGCUCCUCCAUAUACACGUUUGUGUGGUUCUAUUAACAUUGGUAAUUCUUCCAAAGGAGGAUAUAAUAUUAGCUGUGUUAAUUGUAUUUUUAGCAGUUGUAUGUUCCCUUCUGCAGGAACGCAAUCUGUGCUUAUACUAAAGCAACCCAUGUAUGUUAUGGUGCCUGUACAUCUGAGAGAACCUUGGUAUGAAGAUACUGGAGUACAGGCAUGGGUGGAACUCUCUAAAGCCUUGCAGAGGAGACGCUUUCUUGGGUGGCUAAUAGUAAGUUUACUUGCGUCGGCUGCUGUGUCUGCUACUGUGGCUACUGCCGGUCUUGCUCUUUCACAGAGUAUUAAUCAUGCUCACUUUGCUAAUCAGUUAUCUCAACAUACCAGUCUUGCUUUAUCUUUACAAAGUCACAUAGAUUUACGGAUUAAUAACAAGUUAGAUGAAUUUAAAAACGCAAUUUUGGGGAUUGGAGAUCAGAUGACAGCAUUAAAAUUGAGGAUGCGUUUAGCUUGUCAUGCAAAGUAUACAUGGAUGUGUGUUACUCCUUAAAAGUACAGUGACUGUAUUUGGGAAUGGGAAAAAGUAAAAAUGCAUCUGCUGAGUGUUUGGUCAGAUAAUAAUAUUAGUCUUGAUCUUAAGAAAUUAAAUGCUGAAAUUCAGGAUAUACAAAAUACACAUCUUGAUGAUGUUUCGCCAGAAGAUGUAAUUCAAACUUUACUGGAUCAUUUAAAGUGGUUAAACCCUCAGUCUUGGAUUACUGGAAGGUUGUCAGGAUUUAUUACCCUGGCCAUAAUUUGCCUAUUAUUGAUAAUAAUCUUCUCAUGUCUGUUUCGUAUCCUCAUGCAACAGUACACUACUCUCGGCACUAAACUUCAUGGAAUUAUUUUGCAGCAAAAGUUAAAAAAUAAAAAAGACCUGUGGGAAGCAGUCAGCCUUGAGAGCAGGUAAGGACAUGCCAGGCAUGCCGCCGCUGCUCGAAGGGACUGUCCCUACUUGUUCCCCUCCUUGUUCCAUUCCAUGGGAGAUAAAUCAUAGGGCCCAGAGAUCAGAAAGAAUGUAAAAUGAGACAAGCAAAGCUGUCUUCCCCCUGCACAUGCAGGUUAUUUUUGAUGCUUCUGGGUUUAUGGGUUUCCUCCCAGGGAAGUUAACCUUGAGCCGAGACAGUCUGUAGGUAAUGUAAACCACCAUCUGGCAACCUUCCUUUUUCUAGUCUAGAUAAUCUGCAACUGUAGCGCAGUAAAAUUUGCCUUGCAACCAUCAAUUGUCUUGGUCCUUCUGACCCCAUUCGUCGGUGCUACUUCAGUUCCUUACCCCUUCCCUUCUGACCCUGGGCGGUGAAAUCCUCUUUCUCCGGCUGGUCCGCGGCACACAUGAAUAUAUGUUUUUGUCUUGCUGUACUGCACCUGUGCUGUCUAGUAACAGAUAUUUUGUCUGCUAGUAGUGUUCUAGAUUAUGUCUUUCCAAAGCGCUGAGGCAGUGCACCUGUUCUGUAGUUGCAGCUGAUGCCUGAAUGUAGCCUAGCUGACAAAUUAUUGAUUAAUAAGAACUUGAAUUUCUCAAAGAUUUGUACUGUUAACCAAAAUCUGAGCAAGGAGUCUCAAAUGUAAUUCUUAGCCAGAAUUACAUGUUAAUGAACCAUUUAACAGUGUGAAUCAAGGAACAUCAGUGUAAGGAUUUCUUUUAAUUUAUUUUUUACCUGCUUGAAAUAUCAGUUAAAGUUUGCCAGCUUGGUUGCAGAUGAACGGACGUUGGAAGUUCACCAAACUACUUAAUGUGGGAUAGGAUAAUAGACUUCCAGCGCCCUCAAGGCUGUGACCUUGCAGCCAUUUUACAUAGCACAUCCUCCUCCUAUAGGGAUGAACCUUUCCCUGGCCCGAAAAGUAGCAGCUCUGUUGAAGCUUUGCUUAUUGUAACAGGAUUUUGUUUCCAGGUUACAUGUCUGUGGAAGACUUAAUUCUGAAUAGAGAUAUAGAUAUUACUGGAAACUAAUUGUUUUUUCUAUUAUACUCUGAUUUAUCAAAAAAGUAAAACAUUUAAACUGUGCUACAGAAAUUCAGAAGUUGUCUUGCAAUCUUUAAACAAUAAAUGAAUGAGUUGCCCUUAAAAAAAAAAAAAAGGAUUAA